AUGUCUUAUAACUUCAGUUGUUGGUUACUGUAUAUAAACCAGACUAUGAACGCAGCCACCAUCCAUCUUCCCCAAAGAAUUUCAGUUCCGAAACGCACAAAUUUCUCCGAGAUGGCUGCCUUGGUCAAGUCCUUCAUUGUGAUUCUUCUUUUCAGCCUCAUUAACGAAGGAAUGUGCCAAGAAAAGUGCGCUACGAUCGACCUGCAAAUUAGACAAGAGAAAACAGGGAAGUUGGUGCAAGCAAAGCCAGAGUUUCAGGUGAGGGUAUUGAAUGCAUGCCCAUGUCUGCAAGGGAAUGUGAAAUUAGACUGCAAUGGAUUUCAAACUGUUGAAGUCGAAAACCCCGUGACAUUGCUCAGAUCUGGGAAUGAGUGUCUCCUCAACAAUGGCUCAUUCCUUACACCAUUUAAUGAAGUUGACUUCGUCUAUGCUUGGGACACAGAGUUUCCAUUCAAGCCACUUUCCUCUGACAUUAAAUGUGAUUGAGAGGGGAAGAGAUGUUUAAGCUGUUUUUUCAUCCCAGGGGAAGAGAUGUUUAAGCUG